AUGAACUCUGUAGGGAGGACCUCGGCUUUGAGGUUACUGAUCUUCUUCACUAUUUUGGUACCUGAUGGGAAUGUUGACUCCUCUAUGAGCACUACACUGUUUGUACAGAAGGGUGCUAAGGCUCUGCUGUGCUGCCCUGCUCUUCCAAAGACAGAAACAGUAUUAAUAAUAUGGGUCAUAGCCCCCAGAGGGCAGCCUCCCUGCAGAAUAAUCUACAGAGCAGAAACAAUGGAGACCAAUGAAACCAACUGCACAGAUAAGAGACUCACCUGGGUCUUCACACCUGACCAGAGUCCUGUCCUUCAGAUCAAUGCAGUGACCCUUGAUCUUGAAGGGCUUUAUUCAUGUGAAAUAGCAACAGCUAAGGGGAAUUUCCUAAGGAGACAUGACCUCCAAGUGCUAGUGCCUCCAGCAGUAACCCUGCUUCCAGGGGAAAACAGAACAGCAGUUUGUGAGGCAAUUGCAGGCAAGCCGGCAGCACAGAUCUUUUGGACUCCAGAUGAGGAAACCAUUAUUGAACUGACUUGCCCUUUACCCUUGCCUGCAGUUACAGGUGUCACCAGCACGCUGCAUUCCCUGCUGACCAUUCUCUAUCUGAAACUUUCCCUUCUGGGGAUUAUUCUGCUUAUUGUAGGAUUUGCUUUCUUCCAGAAGAGAAAUUAUUUCAGGUAG